AGAGAGAGAGAGUGUGUGUGUGUGUGAGAGAGAGAGAGAGAGAGAGAGAGAGAGAGAGAGAGUGUGUGUGUGUGUGUGUGUGUGUGUGUGUGAGAGAGAGAGAGAGAGUGUGUGUGUGUGAGAGAGAGAGAGUAAAACGAACAUGGCGCAUUAAGGGAAGGUACCGCUUCUCCUCGGAGUUCCUUCCUGUUACUUCCUGUUUAUAUCCAUGACGGUGUUUGGAUGAUCCUGAAACAUCUUGCUGGUUCUCUUUGAAUAGGUGUUUAUUGUGUGUGUUCAGGAGCAUCAUGGGAAACGCGAGCAGUGAGAGAAGUGCACAAGGAGAGAAAAGCCAGAGGAGCCGCGGCAGUAAAGAUGCUAAAAUCCUCCUUACUGAUGAUACAGACCUGUUCCAGGAUGAUGCAAAGGAGUUCUUGGCGUGGCAGAAGGAUGUUCAGUUGGAGACGAAGUGUGUGGUUGAACACCCCACUGUGUUUGAGUGGUCCAGUCCGGCGAGAGAAGUUUAUCUGUCCGGCUCCUUCAAUAACUGGGCCACAAAAAUCCCCCUGUCCAAGAGUCACAAUAAUUUCACUGGAAUCGUCGACCUUCCUGAAGGAGAGCAUCAGUAUAAGUUUUAUGUCGAUGGACACUGGACUUUAGAUCCUAAGAAGCCUGUGGUCACCACUAAAUCUGGUGUCGUCAACAACGUGGUUCUGAUACGUAAGACAGACUUCGAGGUUUUCGAUGCCCUGAAGAGCGACUCUGAGAUAUGCGCUGACAUGUCAGACAUCUCCAGCUCUCCUCCCGGACCGUACCAUCAGGACCUGUACUCUGUUAAAGGAGAGGAGCGACUGCGCUCUCCCCCCAUCCUGCCUCCUCACCUGCUGCAGGUUCUGCUCAAUAAAGACACCGGCGUCUCGUGUGAUCCCACUCUGCUUCCUGAACCCAACCAUGUGAUGCUCAAUCACCUGUAUGCUCUCUCCAUCAAGGAUGGUGUGAUGGUCCUCAGCGCCACUCACCGCUACAAGAAGAAAUACGUCACUACGCUGCUCUACAAACCCAUAUGAGCUUCAUCACUUUCACAUUACACAUGUGGCUAUGUCUCAGACUGCACCGUCUGCACUAUUCACACACACAUGAGGAGGAAACACAGCACCGUGAUCGUGUCGGGGGUUUCGAGUUCCAGUCUGCGGUCACUAAUUUCAGACACGAAGCUGCUGUAUUUACCGCUACAUUCCUGUAAAGGAUUAGCCUGAUUAGCAUUUUAAAGCCUGUGUGAGUGUUUAUAUCGAAGAGAUUUUCCAGCACUGAUUUUUUUUUUUACUUUCCUGAAUUUUGUCUUAUGAAAUAUUUUUAUAAUGUUCGAUGACAUAUAGUCCAGUUUACCAGUUAAAUUUUGUCCUGAAUAUAUGAUACUUCCUGUUUAAUAAAUAAAUAAAUUGUUGAAUAAAA